CUGAUUUUGAUCAGUGUAUAAUCGAUUUAAUUGUGAUUAUAUUUUUUUCCCCUUUUUCUUUUCCCUAUAUUUAAUUUACAUACCGAGAAAAAGAGAGAUGUUGAUACAUAUCCUGACAAGUUGUUUCCUAUUGACCAUAAUAUCAGGACAAACUUCAUCAAAGGGAAUUAAGCCAACCAACAUUUUAGGUGGUUCUGAACAACAUGCUUCUUUUAGUUUCAUUCGUCCAGGAUUAACGCAAACUUCAUUCAGCUUCCAUGGACCAAGCUCUCAUCAAACAUUCAGUUCAAGUGUGGGAAACCCCCAUUUAAUUCAUAAAGUUCAACCAAAUGUUGCUCAAGCACUUAGAUAUAAUAAUCCUGGUUUAGCUUCUUCUAUCUAUUCCGGAGAAAGUGUUGCUCCUGUACAACCUCCACAAUUUCCUUAUCAAUUUGCACAAAAUCCAGCUCUUAUCGGCUACCUACAACAAGCACAACAACAAUUUCCAUUUCAAGGAAAUGUUCAACUUGACUCUAAUAUCUAUCAAGCUCAACUUCUCAAAGAUUUGUCCUUUAAACACCCACAGUUGCAGACUCAUCUUCAGAUUCCAGAACAAAUUCAACUACAACAACAACAAGAGCUACCGAUACAAAAUUUAUUAGGAGUCGCUUAUUCUGUUGCUCCUUCCGUUUCUCGUGUUAAAGUCAACGGAAAUGGCUACAAAUUCGAUUUUUGACAAACAAUUUCUAAAGUGUAUAAAAUAUUAUUUUUGUAAUUAAUAAAAUAAAACUUUAAACAAAA